GAAACCGAGACUGGGCAAGUGACAGCUGAAAGGGUAGGUAGGUGGUGCUUCCACUGCUCUCUCCCUGCCCUUCUCACCGCCUCUGCCACUGCCCCAUGGCCCAGCGCGGGUUCCACCCGGUGUCCGGGGAGAGAAGUGGCCGCUGUUCCCGGAAUGCGCGCAUCGGGCUGUGCGUCGGGCUCUCGGUGGCGGUGAUAGCCACGGUGGUGGCGGUGCUGGUGUGGCACCAAGGGAGACUCCAGAAGCCGCCGCCACCCCAGAAGUGGAAAGGUCGGGGCACCACGUCCAAUUUCUCCCACAUCGUCCUGGGCCGGUGCUAUACGUACAUCCAAUUCCUUCGACCCGAGCUCCGAAAUAGAGACUGCCGAAAGAUAGAGGAGGCUUUCCGGAACGCAUUUCUUUCUAAGAACCCAUGUCAGGUGACAGAGCAAGACUAUGCACCACUAAUAAAGCUGAUUAAUCAAACAGUAGAUUGUAACAAGACCGUCUUUUGGAGCAGAAGCAAAGAGCUAGUGCACCAGUACACUAGGCUGCAGAAGACGCUUUUCACACUGGAGGACACACUCCUGGGUUACCUGGCAGAUGAUCUCGACUGGUGUGGUGACGCUGGGUCUUCUGAAAUGAACUAUGACUCUUGCCCACUACGGAGGGAAGAUUGCCCUGCCAGUGCUGUUUCUGUAUUCUGGACCCUGGCAUCCAGAAAGUUUGCAGAAGAUGCCUGUGGAAUGGUCCACGUGAUGCUCAAUGGGUCACUCAGUACACCUUUUAACAUAAACAGUACUUUUGGGAGUGUGGAAAUCUUAAAUUUGCAACCGAAAAGGGUUCAUACCCUACAAGCCUGGGUGACACAUAACAUUGGAGAAAUUUCCAGGGACUCAUGUACCAGUUCCUCCAUAAAUGAUCUGAGAUCAAUUGUAAAUAAUAUGAAUAUUACAUUUGUUUGCCAGAAUAACUACAGGUCCAUCAACUUUCUUCAAUGUGUGAAAAAUCCUGAGCACUUCCUUUGCGGAUGAGUAAACAUGAUUUUAGGUCUUUGAGCCUUGGUGGUUGGCACAUCAAAGUUCCUGUGGUGAGGAGCUGCAGAUUUUGAGAUUCCUCUGUCCUCUCUUGAACAUCUGAGAAGGAAGCCUUCCCCCAUCACAUGUCCUACAAUAACUGCAUGUUGUUGCUGUUUGUGUGGGGCAUGGAUUUCUGGCACA